AUGCUCUCUGGUAAAAUAGCAUCUAUCAAUGCUUGUGAUAACAACCUCUGUCAGAAUGGAGGAGGUUGUACUGCUAUAGCAGUUUCCUGUACUGCUUACACCUGUACCUGUCCAGCAUGUUUUUCUGGUGCCUUCUGUGAAACAUCUAUCAAUGCCUGCAGUACCAACCUCUGUCAGAAUGGAGCCUUCUGUAGCACUGUUACAGGGUCAUGUACUGAUUACACCUGUACAUGUCUGUCUUGCUUCACUGGAACUUUCUGUGAAACAGCUAUCAAUGCCUGUAAUAACAACCAAUGUCAGAAUGGAGCAGUUUGUGUUGGUGUAACAGGCUCCUGUACUGCAUACACUUGCACCUGUAAUGGCUGCUUUACUGGCCAGUUUUGUGAAACAGCUAUCAGUGCCUGCAGUAACAACCUCUGUCAGAAUGGAGGUACUUGUAACACGGUUCCUGGUUCCUGUACAGCUUAUACUUGUACCUGCCCUGGAUGUUUUACUGGGGCCUUUUGUGAAACUGGCCUAAAUGCUUGUGCUAACAACAUCUGUCAGAAUGGAGCUGCUUGUGUUGCUGUAGCUGGCUCCUGUACUUCUUACACAUGUACUUGUAGUGGAUGCUUCACUGGAAACUUCUGUGAAACACCAAUCAGUGCUUGUGCUAACAAUGUCUGUCAGAAUGGAGCUGCUUGUAAUGCUGUAGCUGGUUCCUGUACAGCUUACACAUGUACUUGCAAUGGAUGCUUCACUGGAGCCUUCUGUGAAACAGCUAUCAAUGCUUGUGAUGGUAACCUCUGUCAGAAUGGAGGUGCUUGUAACACUGUUCCUGGUUCCUGUACAGCUUAUACUUGUACCUGCUCUGGAUGUUUUACUGGGGCCUUCUGUGAAACAGGUAUCAAUGCUUGUGCUGGUAACCUCUGUCAGAAUGGAGGUGUUUGUAACACUGUUCCUGGUUCCUGUACAGCUUAUACUUGUAGCUGCUCUGGAUGUUUUACUGGGGCCUUCUGUGAAACAGGCCUAAAUGCUUGUGCUAACAACAUCUGUCAGAAUGGAGGUGCUUGUGUUGCUGUAGCUGGCUCCUGUACAGCUUACACAUGUACUUGUAGUGGAUGCUUUACUGGAAACUUUUGUGAAACACCAAUCAGUGCUUGUGCUAACAAUGCCUGUCAGAAUGGAGCUGCUUGUAAUGCUGUAACUGGUUCCUGUACAGCUUACACAUGUACUUGCAGUGGAUGCUUCACUGGAACCUUCUGUGAAACAGCAACCAGUGCUUGUGCUAACAACGCCUGUCAGAAUGGAGCUGCUUGUGUCACUGUAGCUGGUUCCUGUACAGCUUACACAUGUACUUGCAGUGGAUGCUUCACUGGAACCUUCUGUCAAACAGUUUCUAAUGGGUGUACUGUCAAUCAAUGUCAGAAUGGAGGUGUUUGUCAAGCUGCAACUUCUUCAUGUACAGCUUUCACCUGUUCAUGCCCUUCAGGCUACACUGGAACCUUGUGUGAAACUCUGGUUACAACAGCCUGUACAUCUGCACCCUGUUUAAAUGGUGGUGCUUGCUCUCUAACAUCUAUUGGAUAUGUCUGUACUUGCCCAUCUGGUUACACUGGAACCCGAUGUGAGACUGUGGUUACAAAUGCCUGUGCAUCUGCACCCUGUUUGAAUGGUGGAGCUUGCUCUCUAACAUCUAUUGGGUAUGUCUGUACUUGCCCAUCUGGUUAUACUGGAACCCGGUGUGAGACUGCAACCCUUGCCUGUAGUAACUCACCGUGUCUAAACGGAGCAACCUGCUUUGACAUCUUCAGCUCCUACAUCUGUGUAUGUACUACAGGAUAUGCAGGCACCAACUGUGGAUCAUUAUUAACAUCAUCUCCAUCAUUUGAUUCCUGUUCAACCAACAACCAAUGUAUGGCUGGAUCAACAUGCUACAACAGCUACUACCAAGGCUCAACAGACCAACAAUCAGAUCAGUAUUCUUGUAAAUGCGUAACAGGUUUCACAGGGCCGCUAUGUCAAUUCACUAUAGCUCAAGUACCUAGUAUGGAUGUGUGUACUUUGGAAGCAACUACUAGCCCAUGUCUUAACUCUGCAACUUGUAACAACAUGUACCACAGCCAGUUAACCACCACUUCAAUGCCUGUCUUGAAGUACUGCACAUGUACAAGUAACUACAUUGGAUCACGAUGUGAAACAUUAGUUUCAUCAAAUCCAUGUAACAGUUCUCCUUGUCUUAAUGGAGGGGCAUGUAACAAUUUUGUAACAUCAUACACCUGCACAUGCCCAACCUCGUAUACUGGCACACGUUGCGAAACACUUGUGAGUACUGCAUGUAGCAGUGCUCCUUGCCUUAACAAUGGGACUUGUAAUGAUCUUGGAGCUGAGGGAUAUUCUUGUACAUGUACAAGCUCAUAUACUGGCACUCGUUGUGAAUCUGCUGUAAGUACAGCUUGCAAUCCAAACCCAUGUCAAAAUAAUGGUAUGUGUAUGGAAUCUGGAACAUCCUUUAUGUGUGUGUGUGCAGCAGGCUAUAGUGGCACUACCUGUGAAACAAUCGGCUCAUCAAGUCCGUGUAAUUCAAAUCCAUGUCAAAAUGGCGGAAUAUGCACCACACCUACUACUACAACUUACAUGUGUAUGUGCUCUGGAGGUUUCUCUGGCACAAACUGUCAAACAUCAGGAACAACAUCAACUCCUUGUGACAGCAAUCCUUGCAAUGCUGGACAAGAGUGCUUUUUCACGCCAACUAUGUACGUUUGUCAACCAGCCACCGGAAGAAGACGACGAGAUGUUGAAGUGUCUCUUGAGUUGCCAGGUUAUUCCAGUGUUUGUGCUCCCAAUCCUUGUGGAAAUGGUGGCACAUGCCAUCCAUUUGAACAUGGAGAACAAGAAUACUUCAUGUGUGAGUGUACACCAGGAUGGACUGGAACCAACUGUAUGGAUGUUUUGAUUCAUGAAAACCUGACCUCGGAUGUGGAAGAACUUCUGAAACAUGACACAAGCUACGUCCAUUGGGCCAUGGGCAUCUCACUCGGUGCUCUGGUUUUGGUCAUCAUUGGCUUGAUGGUGAUGCUCAACCGUCUUGUGACCGGUGCCAAACAACGUAGCAUCAAUAAGGACGAGAUUGCUUUGGUCAACUAAAGCUUGAAUCCAGUCUAGAUUUUAAUUUCCCAUAUUAGCCAAUGUUUCAUACUUUGUCAAUAGGUUUAGUAUAUUGAAAAAUAGGCUAAAUAUAGAGUUAACAAUAAUAUGGAUUUUGUCUGCACCUUGUUAGAACAUGUUAUUAGAAUGAAUUAGAACCAGCUUCUCGCAUAUAAUGAUCAUAGUUUAUAUUUUAAUAUACAGUAGUUCAAUUGUCAAAGCAGAUGAAUUCUUAAAUUAAUAGCUCCCUCUUACUAAAAUAUAGUGCUCUGAUUAACAGUUGAUUGUUAAUUGUUGAAUUCCUAGCAUAGUGUAUGGACAUGUAUCAAUACAAUGUUUGUGUUUACUUGUAUAACCAGGGAGUUGUUAACUCCCUGGUAUAAAUGAUGCUCAUUGCUUGAAUUCAUAACAUAGUGUACAAACAUAUCUUUAGUCAUUCACCAAACAAAUAAUAUUCCAGAUAAGCCUAUGUAAAAUAAAUUGUACCAUUUUAACGACGCUUGAAUAUGUAUUGCACUAAACGCACUUAUUUUGACAUUUUUACAAAAAUUGCAUCGAAAAAAUUUUAAUAAAUACUGUGGCUUUAUAA